CAUCCAUUUAGCUGAGAUGAAUCACGAAUCGGAAUAGCAGAUGGGAUAAAAUAAAAUUUUUCAGUAUGCCAUGCCGACCACAACCCUGAGCUCAGAAAGUACAAUUUGGGGUGAAAAUCGGGCACGUCCACCCACUGCGAAUCUGGCACGAGCACUAACAAGAACGAGAAGACAAGACGGACUGAACAAAAGGCGGAGAGGGGAUUCUGGUUUCACGUAGCUGCCAAUGGCAGUAGCAAUCAUCACUAACCUGUUCCGCGUUCAUACCCCUGCAACUCGACUCCGCAGCUCCAACUUGUGUUCCUUACGCCGUUCUACUCGCCGAUACAGACGCGCUUCCUUUGCAUAUUCCCUGGCCUUUCUUGACACCAAAUCCAUCGACCCCGUUAAAGUUGAUAAGGAAGCCAACCGGAUCAGGAACUUAUUGGCUUGUCCCAUAUGUUACGACUCCUUGACGUGGACUGGUGAUCCUGCUUUCUCCGUGGAUUCUACCCCUGGAUCUUGCUUGCAAUGUAGCACGUGUAUGAAGACGUUUGUAGGGAAUGAAGCAUAUAUUGAUCUUACGACAGCAAAUGGGGCUAAGAGUUAUGGGGAACCGAUGCCAGCUUCCACAGAGCUUUUCAGGGUGCCACUGGUAUCAUUUCUGUAUGAGAGGGGUUGGCGUCAAGCUUUCUCUGUAUGGGGUGGUUUCCCUGGUCCUGAGAAAGAGUUUGAACUUAUGAAGGAUUUCUUGAGGCCAGUCAUGGGAGGAAACAUAAUUGACGCAAGCUGUGCAAGUGGAUUGUUUUCAAGAUUAUUUGCAAAGAGUGGAUUGUUUUCCUCUGUAGUUGCUCUAGAUUACUCUGAAAACAUGUUGCAGCAAUGCUACGAGUUCAUUAAGCAGGAGGAGAAUUUUCCAAAAGAGAACUUCAUCUUGAUGAGAGCAGAUAUAUCUAGGCUUCCUUUUGUUUCUAGUUCUGUUGAUGCUGUGCAUGCUGGCGCUGCUAUUCACUGUUGGCCUUCACCAUCAGCAGCUGUGGCUGAAAUAAGUCGAGUUUUGCGACCUGGAGGGGUCUUUGUUGCAACUACUUAUAUACUAGACGGGCCCUUUUCUUUUUUCCCAUUUCUACGUGAACUGCGUCAGCUUUUUCAUGCUUGGGAUCUUCUAACUUUUAUCUUCCAGUCUUGUACAUCCUUUUACCUACAUGCUCUGCAGCUUGCUUGUGAUUUGGACAUGGACGUGAAUCAUAAGACUCUGAAGCAAGUAUCAGGCAGCUACAUCUCUCUGUCUGAACGUGAACUCGAAGAUCUCUGCAGGGGGUGUGGGCUGGUCAGAUUUUCAUGCAUAAGAAAUGGGCUUUUUGUGAUGUUCUCUGCUGCAAAGCCCAGCUAAGGAUUCUCAGUCGUCCUCCCUUCUGAUUAUGAUUUGCUGAAGCUGUUUGUAGAUGUGAUGGCAUGUCUUGAGAAGAUACGACGUAGUCAUCUGUUGGGAGCAAAAAGCGCCUGUUGGAAAUGCUUUUUUAAAACACUUCAUGCGUAAAGAAAGGAUUGGGUCACGGCUUCUUUGGCUCUUCAACACUUUUUCAGAGGCGCUGGAAGAAGAUUCAAGGAAAGCAUAUUGUGUGUGUGUGUGUGUGUGUGUGUGUGUGUGUGUGUGUGUGUUUUGUCUUUUAUGAAAACACACCGGUGGAGAAAGCUUACAUGGGGACUUGAGCCUCAUUGACCUAAAAAAGAAGCAGGGCACCCACGUCACACUGGGCCUCUUUAUAAAGGCGUAUGCCGAGCGUCACGCUCCUGUCAGUUUAUGUGUUCCUUGAGUUGUAAAGGCGUGUAGUGAGCUUCACACUCAACUCAUAGUCCAUGUAUUCCUUGUGUUAAAAAAUAGAGAACCGGAUGCUAUUCAGUUUCGUUACAUUGUUAGUAAAAGGAUUUUUUGUCCUGUAUGGAUGAGGAUUAUCCUUUGCUGAUGGUGGAGAUGAAUUUUCUGUCCUUAUUGCUUA